GCCCUGGAGGUGAACUUUACCGGGUGCUCACUAACAGCCGCAGCACGUACAUGUGAUGAUUCGCGUAUCACCACUCCCGAGUUUAGUGAUUGUGGUCUGACUGAAGACACACCCGGUUUAUUUGGGACUCACACUCCGACGUGUUAGCGUUACAUUUUAUUUCGCACAACUCACGAAGUUGGCUAGCUAACACUAACGUCGUUGAGCUAGCCCUGCCAGGCGGCGUUAAAGUGUUAAAGGUGACGCUGGGUUAAAGGAAAUGUUUUCAGACUAUUGCAGUAAAUACAAAAUAUGGACUUUCUUCAGGUAACAGCGGUGGCUGUCACCUCCAGCGAUCCCUGACACACUGCAACAUCAGUUUGAAUCCACUGUGGCCUAACCUAACCGGUUUCAAAACGGCGGCGGCAGCACGGGAGAAACUGGACCCGUCCGGCUCAGCAUCCGGCUCAAAGAUGGAGUUGGGAGCGGCUCACCCAGCUCUCAAAGCCUUUAUGUGUGGCUCCCUCAGUGGCACCUGCUCUACACUCCUCUUCCAGCCUUUGGAUCUGGUGAAGACACGACUGCAGACUCUGCAGAACAAUGCCAAGCCCGGCGCACCCAAGGUGGGAAUGUUUAGCGUUUUCAUCAAUGUUAUUAAGACAGAGAAGUUCUUCAGUCUGUGGAAAGGUGUUUCACCGUCAUUUGUGCGCUGCAUCCCUGGGGUGGGUAUCUACUUCAGCACCUUCUACUCCCUGAAGCAGCACUUCUUCCUGGACCGAGCUCCCAACGCUGGCGAGGCUGUUCUGCUCGGAGCGGGUGCCAGAGCUGUGGCUGGAGUCUCCAUGUUACCAUUUACGGUCAUCAAGACGCGCUUCGAGAGUGGCUUUUACAGUUAUGCGAGUGUGCCCGGUGCUCUGAGGAGUAUGUAUGAGACGGAGGGAAUCAGAGCUCUGUUUUCUGGGCUGACUGCCACGCUGCUCCGUGAUGCUCCUUUCUCCGGCAUCUACGUCAUGUUUUACAGCCAGGCCAAGAGAGCGCUGCCUCAAGAGGUGACCUCGGCGCCCUACGCCCCGCUGGUGAACUUCAGCUGUGGGGUGAUUGCGGGUGUCAUGGCAUCAGUAGUAACGCAGCCUGCAGAUGUAGUGAAGACUCACAUUCAAGUCAGACCCUCCCACUGUAGCACAGCAGGUGCAGUUCGCCGCAUCUACAUGGAGCACGGCAUGGCUGGGUUUUUUCGUGGAGCUGUGCCCAGGUCUCUUCGACGCACUCUCAUGGCUGCCAUGGCUUGGACUGUGUAUGAACAGCUGAUGGCUCGAAUGGGCCUCAAAUCCUGAAGAGCAAAAGUUUUGUGCCGCAAGAGAAGGGAAAGAACUGUAAGGGGAUAAUUCUGUAUUAUUAGUAUUAUUUUUAAACUGAAAGCGUCAUGCAAGAAGAAAAAGGAGCUGAGGAGCUUACAGGGUCAUUGAGCCAGCAGUAACAAGAUACUGAGCAAACGAAGCAGGUGGAUAAAUGCCUGAAAAACAUGAGUAAGAGUGCUCUGUUUGUGUGUUUGCUGUGUGUGUGUGUGAAACUGUGUUUGGGACUGUGAUGUUACACCUGAAGCACUCUUAUGUCCGUCUCGGACUAUAGUGACACUCCUGCUGUGAAGUGAACUCGUCCCUCCUAAUAUUUAUGUUCCUGAGGUAUGGCUAGCAAUCAGAAAACAGGGCCAGUGGCUCUUCUGGGUAACAGAGUUGCCUUUGACGAUGUUUUAAAAUACCGUAGAAACAAACGAGACACUCGACAAGCUGGUGUCCCGUACAGCCGAUUAAGAAGCAAAGCACUGCAGGUUCUGCCAUAUUCGUGAAGCUUAGACAAGAUAGAGCAAUGUUUCGUACUUGCUGACUGAUCUCUCUCUUUUUUUCUUUUUUUUCUUUUUUUUUCUUUCUUUUUUUUUUAAGAAGCAGAGAAGUUUAUUUGUUUCAGGCUCAGACAAUCAGAAGUACUCACACAGCUGCAUUAUGGGAAAAUCAAGGCCAAUGCUAAUAACGUGUUAAAGCCUUUGUUGCUGUAUUGUUUAAAACUGCUAGCUACAUUUAUAUAAAACUAUGGUGUGUUUUCGACUCAGCGUAAUGAUAGCCACAUCUGUAGCUAAAUCAGUGAAUAGCAGUGAUGGCAUCUCACGCGAAAAACCCAACAAAAAAGAUUUUUUUUUAAAAAUGAAUUAUAUAAAUAAAAUGUUUGAUUAUUUGUAGGAUUUUCAUUUUGAGACAACCUGUGGAGCUUCUCAGUAGCACUGUGGAUUUGAUACUCGGUAGUUUUGUUUGUUUUCUGCACACAGGAGUAACAUGACACUCAUAAUAUAUUUAUAAAGGCAACUUUGAGUUUAUUUUAUGAUGAGGGAUUUGAUUUUUGUAGGAAACACUGAAUGUAAACACAGAUUUCUGUGUUUAAAAGAAAACUCCACCUUUAAAGGCACUGCAGGUUGCCCUUCUCCCUGCAUUUAAAUGAGCACUUUCACAAAUUUAUUUUCUUAGUAUACAUAUAUAUAUUUAGGUUACCAGGCGAAGUUGAAGUCAUUUAAGUAUUUCAGGUUUUGCUGAAGUCAGGUACCUCCUAUGAUCAAACAGUAUUUCCAGAAUAUUAAGCUUGCAAGUGAAGCAUUCCUUAAUCAUUGCGCUGAAAUGUUUAUAAAGAGUCCAUACCGGUGAUGGAGCUGUGGAUCUUGUCUUUGUAUAGCCUCAUUCUGGAAUUGUAAAUAUGUGACUUAAUACAGAGUUGCUGAUUUAAGAAAAAAAGGGGGCGCACUAAUGAAUUCCUAUAGAGUGUUUGCAUAGAUGUUAUUUAUUAUUAAUAUAAAAGAAGAGGUGAUAUAAUAGAGAAUAAUGUCUUUGUGUCUGUACAUAAAAUGCAAACUGAAAGACGACUUAGUGUGAUCUUUGAACGGCGAAGGUUGCCACCAAGAAGUAAUUGUGUGCUUUACGUGAUAGGAGUUUUUAAUGAUGGCUUCCUGUGAGUCCGCAGAUAAGCCCAGUUUAACGAAAGAGAGGCGCUGAGCGUCUCUUCAGACCUAUGGGCUGUUUAAAGGAAAAAUGACAGGUAGUGAAGUACAAGUUCAUUUAAAAGCCUCCAUGUUUGCUGUCUUAACUUGAGCUGUGCCACAAUUCACACCUCCUCACCUCCAUUGUUGUGACUGUCCUGCAUUCAGUGUUACAGUAGACACUCUGUCUGUGCGCGUGUUUGCUCAGACAGAUGCUGUGCCUGUCUGAUUUUUAAGUUGAAUAAAAAUCUCCUGUUUUCGUUUU